AUGCAAUUCUCGCCAAAGACAUCCAAGCCGUUGACCUGGCUAAUCACAGGUUGCUCUUCAGGCCUCGGUCUACAGCUGGCCCGACACGCCCUCGCUGCCGGCCAUCAUGUGAUUGCCACAUCCCGCACACCAUCGAAAACGCCUGAGCUGGUGCAAGAAGUCGAGUCGGCGGGGGGCCGCUGGCUAAGCCUGGACGUCACCUCACCUCUAUCGGCCGAGAUCAUCACGGCGCUCGAGGAGGGCGGCACACAGAUUGACGUCCUGGUCAACAGCGCCGGGGUAGCCAAGGCGGGGCCCGUCGAGGCCUUUAGCGAGGAGGAAAUCCGGGAGCUCAUGGAGAUAAACUUUUUCGGCCCUUACCGGCUGAUGCGCACCAUGGUGCCGUUCAUGAGGGCGCGGAGGAGCGGCGUUAUAGUCAACCUCAGCAGUGGGUCCGGACUCCAGGCCCGGGAGACGCUGGGGGCGUAUGGGGCUAGCAAGAGUGCACUGGACAACAUCACGACGACAUUGGCUAGGGAGGUGGCUGACUUUAAUGUCCGCGUUCUGCUCGUCUACUUGGGCUCCUUCAAUACGCCAAUGGCGUCGCAUGUGAACCUGGCGGGAAAGCCGCUGGAUGCAGACUAUGACGGCACUGUGCUGCAAAAAUACUAUGAUGUUUUCAAGUCUAAAAACAUGCCAAUCAAAGGAGACCACGAAAAGGCCGUCAAGGCCAUCUACGAGGUGGUUGUCGGCGAGGGUAUCGGGGCAGGCUGUGAAAAGGAGGUGCGAAUGGUCCUGGGUAAGGACUGCGCCGUGAGAGUUGGCGAGGUUCAGGAGAAUUUGAAGCACAUGAUGGGUGUUUUUGGAGACAUUUGCAACAAUGUUAACAUCGACGAAGCAUGA